AUGUCUUCUUCCAGCACAAGUGCAAGUACACCACAUACAUCAUCCUCUCCACCAUCCUAUUCAUCUCCAUCGUUAUCGUCUGAAAACAUCAAUCAUAAAGAUUAUCCCAUACAUCCAUCAUUAGAACAGAGGAAAUCAUCUACCAUCAUAACUUUCACUCCCACCGCUGAGUCUGAGCCCGAUCUCGAACCUAAUCCUCAUCAGAUCAGACGAGAAGAUGAGGGAGAUGGAGAAUUGGAAGCAUACUCGGCAAUACCACCUCAUAUGAGAUCAAAUUCGGAUUCAAAUCCAAUGUCAAGGAUCAAUUCUGAUACAUCAAUACACUCCACUUUAUCUCAAUUAGAAGAAGGUGAAAUGUACACAACGACUGGUAAUAACACCAUUACAGUCACACAUCCUACUUCUCAAGGUGAAAAUGAUGAUCAACCAAAUGAAACAACUUCGUUACUAGGUAAUACCAAUGGUAUCAAUGGGAAUGGUCCAGGAGGAAAAAAGAAGAAAUGGUAUAAAGGUCCAUACGCAAUUACAGCUAUCAAAUUCUCCAUCCUAUUUACGAUAUUUACAAUCAUUGUAGUGGGAACAUUCUAUUUCGGAUUGCCAAAAUUAGAUUCAGAAGAUAAGAAAGUAAUUAAAUUGCCUAGGAACUUCCAGGAUCUACAGGAAUUAAACGCUUUGUUUCAGAAAUACAAGACUCGAUAUCCAUUCCGAAUCUUAGCUUGCGCAGUCGUCACCUAUCUAUUCGUCCAGACCUUUACGCUACCCGGAUCGAUGUAUAUUUCAAUCAUAUUUGGAGCAGCAUAUGGGAUCAUGUAUGGAUUGGUACUGAGUUGCUUCUGCGACGCUACCGGCUCGUUACUUUGUUACACUUUAUCGUCCCUCCUCGCUCCGCCACUGCUGACUAUGCCAUUCUAUCGAGCAAGAGUCGAAACAUGGCGUACAAAGAUAAUGGGUGAUCCUAAAAAAGGUAAAAAAGUAACAUGGGAUAGCGUUUUCGCUUUCCUAUUGGUACUGAGGAUCGCCCCUUUCCCUCCUCACUGGGUAGCAAAUUUUGUCGCUCCACAUUUGGGAAUCGGAAGAUUUAUGUUCUGGUGUAGUUGUUUCAUAGGUAUCGCUCCUGUAUCAGUUAUUCAUGUCACCAUUGGAUCUUCACUUGAUUCAAUGACUUCGGCAGCGGAUUUCCAUCUACUAUCACUUCGAAAUAUACUUGGGCUACUUGCUGUCGUAGUAGCAGUUUUGAUCCCAGUCGGACUAAAGCGAGUGUUCAAGAAAGAUUUGGGUGAUUUAGGAGAAGCUGAAGAAGUUUUCGUUGAGACCUCAAGGGAUGAAAGACAAGUUGAUGUACCGCCCGUAGGGGGAAUGGUUGAAGGAAGAAGAUACCAUGCUAUUGACAGUGGUGUAGUUCUCUCAUUACCUUCAAGAGGUGAUGGUACGAAUAUGGGUAAUAAGUUGAUCAAAAAAGGUAAAGGUAAAAAUACAUUAGAAAUCAUACCUGACCAAGAUGAAGAUGGAGAUGAAGAUGGAGAUGGAGAUGAUGAUCAAUAUGAUGAAGAUGAUUUCGACUUUGAGGAUGAUUCAAGAUUUGAGGAUCACUCAAGGUAUCAAGGUGAAAGUCAAGGUGAAACAAGUCAUUCAAAUUCAACUUCAAAUGCAGAUUCAAGAUCAUCACGAUCAGGUGAUAAUUCACCCUCCACACCAAAUUGGGAAAAUCAAUAUCAGAUAUAUGACCCAUCAGGUCAAAUAAAUCGAGUUGAAUUCAAUCACAACCACAACUACAACCAAAAUAACAAUAACAAUAAACCAUAUAGACCAAAUACAUCAAAAGGAUAUGGUUCAAUACAACCUAUAAUUCCUGAACCUAGAGAAAGAGUAAUGCCUUCAAUGGGCGGUUGGUGGCCUUUUACAAGAGGUGAUGUAGCUUAG